UAUUAACUAUAGAUUGUGAGUUGAGGAUUUAUGUAAAACAAAAUUUUAUCCAUUGGGAACUGGAGGAUUUUUGUGGAUGAUAUUUGUGUAUUGAUUUUCCACAACGACUUGCAAAGUCUUCCAUGAUCCCUUAGCACACGUCCAUCAACAACUAUUACUUCAUGUAGUUUGUUCAUCAUAUUUCCUCACAUUCUUCUAAAAAGUUGAGGUUGAAUCAUGGGAAAUCAUUGGGUUUGGGGGCUUCAUCUCGUUUUAUUAAGUAUUUUUUUGGUUGCAACCAAAUAUACUUGUCUGGGCGCUCAAAAUUCAACAAGAAGCUGCCAUGAACGAGAGAGACUAGCACUACUCCAGUUCAAAGACAGCAUCAAAGAUGACUUUAAAAUGCUAUCAUCAUGGAUUGGCAGUGAUUGUUGCUCAUGGAAUGGAGUCCGCUGUGAUGGUGCCAACAGAAGAGUUGCCGGUCUUCAUCUCAGAGGAAAUUACGCGGACUUUGAUUCCUAUAAAGAAGAUUACUACUUAGAAGGUGAUAUGCUGAACGCAUAUUUGGCUGAGUUAAGACAUCUGCAACAUCUGGAUUUGAGCGGAAAUAAUUUUCAAAGAAGUCGGAUCCCUAAAUUCUUUGGAUCCUUCAAGCAGCUAAGCUACCUCAAUCUCUCAAAUGCAGGGUUUAGUGGUGUUAUUCCCCAUCACAUUGGAAAUCUCUCCAAUUUGAAGGUUCUUGAUCUUGGUUCAAAUGAUAUGCGCAUGCCAGAUGAUAUGGCAUGGGUUUCUGGCCUUUCCUCACUUGAGCAUCUUGACUUGACCUACGUAAAUCUUUCUCAAGCAAACAACGUUGAUAUGGCAUGGGUUUCUGGCCUUUCCUCACUUGAGCAUCUUGACUUGAGCUACGUAAAUCUUUCUCAAGCAAACAAUGUUGAUAUGGUAUUUUACAUGAUUCCUUCAUUAACAUAUUUAAGUUUGCAUGAGUGUGGACUUACUAAUGCUGAUCUUGGUCUUCACCUUAAUUCAAGUAAAAUACUUCCCAACAUUGAACAUCUGGAUCUUAGCUCCAACCAUUUUAAAGGUCAACUCCCUCACUUUUUUCAGAACUUGACAUCCUUAACGUUCCUUGAUCUUUCAUUCAAUAAUCUUAGUCUGGCAUGGAACUCUGUAAACCUGCUAAACAUGAUCCCUUCUUUAUCUGAAUUGCAUUUGUCAAGGUGUGGGCUUCACAAUGCCCCCUUUUCACCCACUUAUUUGAAUUCCAGUGCCCAUUCUAACUUACAAUAUUUUGAUCUUAGCGGUAAUUCAGUUGAGGGUAGAUUUCCAUAUGAAUUAGUGAACAUCACUUCCCUAAAAGUCCUUGACCUUUCAUCCAACAGUUUGAACUCAUCAAUUCCUGUCAUGCCUAACCUUCUAAAGCUCGAUGUUUCUUUUAAUAACUUUGAGCACAUCAAGCUUGUUGGGAUUUGGAGACAAUGUCAUCUGAAGGAAUUGAGCUUAUCAUAUAAUCAUUUUGGAGGAGAAAUGAUAGGCCCAUCAUCAAACACGUCUGAAUGUUCCCACUAUGCUUUAGAGGUGUUGGAAUCAAGUGGAAAUGAAUUAAACGGUUCGAUUCCAGAAUCUGUUGGAAAACUAAACAAUUUAAGAGUCUUACAUCUCAGUAUAAACAGUUUUACAGGUUCAAUCCCUAAAGCUUUGGAGAGAUUAAGAUAUUUAGAAGAAUUAGAUCUGCUUCAUAACAAAUUAACCGGUCCCGUUCCGACAUUCCUUGGAAACCUUACCAAACUUGACCUUUCUGAUAAUCAAUUUAGUGGUUCUAUCCCAGAAUCAUUGGGAAGAUUAACAGGUUUAACUCUUUUAAGUCUGGAAUCAAACCAGUUAACAGGUCCAAUCCCAGAAUCAUUGGGAAGAUUAACAGGUUUAACUCGUUUAAGUCUGGAAUCAAACCAGUUAACAGGUCCAAUCCCAGAAUCAUUGGGAAAACUAACAAGUUUAACUGAUUUAUAUCUGCAAUCAAACCAGUUAACAGGUCAAAUCCCAGAAUCAUUAGGAAGAUUAACAGGUUUAACUGAUUUAAAUCUGCAAUCAAACCUGUUAACAGGUCCAAUCCCCGUUACAGUUGGGCAACUCACCAAACUCGUUGACUUAGAUGUCUCUAAAAAUUCUUUAGAAGGAGUGGUUAUGGAAGCCCAUUUUGCUAACCUCUCGAUGUUGCAGUCGUUGGAUAUAUCUUCAAAUCAUAAGUUGAUUAUUAAUAUCUCACAUGAGUGGAUACCUCCAUUCCAACUGUGGUCUGUUGGACUUGGUUCUUGCAAGAUUUUAAAUGGAUUUCCACACUGGUUGCAAAAUCAAAGGAUGCUUGUGAUUCUGGAAUUGUCUAAUGCUAGCCUAUAUGGUCUUCCACCAACAUGGUUGCAGAAUAUGCCCAUGCUUGAUUAUUUAGAUCUCUCUCACAACAAACUCAUUGGAUCUUUGAUAAACCUUCCAUUUAGCGAAGAUACCAGGUUUUUAUCUCUACAAGACAACCUUUUCAAUGGGUCAAUUCCAAGGUCAAUGUGUCGAAGAAGGUUGGUUAUUCUUGAUGUUUCCAGAAAUCGGUUAUCUGGAAAUAUUCCUGAUUGUCUAGAGAAUCUACAAGAAAUGAGGAUGCUUAUGCUUGGUUCAAAUGGGUUGUCUGGAGUCGUUCCAAGUUCUUUAGGAAAUAUUACAUAUUUAGCAUGGUUAAAACUGAAUGACAAUAAGUUCAAUGGCCAAAUACCACAAGACUUGGGAAAGUUGAGAUACUUAGAAGGUUUAGAUUUGGGCAAUAACGAAUUCUCAGGAAACAUGCCAAAAUGGAUUGGAGAAAAACUUUCAGAAUUGAGGAUUCUGAGGUUGCAUAAAAACAACUUCACAGGAGGUAUUCCUCAUUCUUUGUGCAAAUGUUCAAAUCUUCAUAUUUUAGACAUUGCACACAACAACUUAACAGGAUCCAUCCCUCAUUGUUUUGGAGAGUUGAGUGGGAUGGUUGAGGCAAGAGAUGAAGAUUAUCGACAAUCUUAUGAGAGCAUUGAUGUGAUAGAUGUGAAGCAGGUUAUGAAAGGAAUCGAGCUUGAAUAUACAAAAACGAAGAAUUUAGUUGCUAAUAUGGACCUUUCAAGCAAUAAACUUACAGGAGAAAUCCCUGUAGAGCUAACUGCACUUGCUUCAUUGAUGGGUCUCAAUUUGUCUCAUAAUCAUCUGAAUGGGAGUAUUCCAGAUAGCAUUGGAAACAUGAAGGCGUUAAAUUCUCUCGAUCUCUCAGACAACCAAUUGAGAGGGACAAUCCCUCCAAGCAUGGCAGCUUUGAACUUUUUGAGCUGGAUGAAUCUGUCACACAACAACUUGUCAGGAAGAAUUCCAACAGGAAAUCAACUGCAAACACUUACCGACCCAUCAAUGUAUGCGGGUAACAGGGAUCUCUGUGGUGCACCUCUGCCAAAUAAUUGUUCCAAUCAUGAAAACCCACCAGCCACAAGAAGCAAGAACAAACACAAAAAUGCUAAUGAGCCAAAGAAUGUAUGGUUUUACUUGGACAUAACAUGUGGAUUUGCAACAGGUUUUUGGGGUAUUAUUGGAGUUUUGGCAUUCAAGAAGCAAUGGAGAAGGAAGAUUUUUAUGAUUGCAGAGGUAACCAUGGAUAAAGUAUAUGUGGUGGUUGCAGUGAAGAUUUCCAAGAUUAAAAGAGGCAGAGAAGCCUGAUGCAUUCUUAUAAAUUACAAUAUUUGUAAAAUUGUUGUUUUGCUUUUAAAUACUUAUGUUGUGCUAUAUAUAUAUAUGUAUGUAUCAUGGUUGUGUUUUAUAAAAAUAAAAAUAUUGCAAUACAUGAGAUAGAAUACAGGUGAUAGAAGAAGUGGACGAAAGAUUAGAUAUGCACAACUUACCAAUGGGUAGAAAAUCAUGUGAUGACAGUAGAUUCGCUCUAUGUUGAAAUGCCAUCCUCUAUUUGAAUUCGAUCUUCCAGCUGAGUCCUGAAUAGAAAUAAAAAGGCAACAACAGCAGCAAUGAUGAUUACCAAGAAACAAUCCAAAAAGAGGUAUGCAACAAUUGUUCAGUAAGUGAUACAAACAACUGUAGUUCAAAUAACAAAUCUCUCAUUGUUUUUCGUUCUUUAGAUUCUUUCUCGUUCUGUUGUCUUUCCUGCAAAAUCUUUACA